GCUUGCGGAUGUGGCUCGCGUGAGGGACGAGAUUUGGGGCGUUGUAUACCGGCCGUCAGAGAUCCUUUCCGAAGACGAAUAUCUGGUCAAGGUAUGGCUCGUGCAGUUGCAGGGGGUUGAAAGCGGCAUCCUCCGUUGGGAUGACUUCAUCCCUUCGUGCAAGUCGUGCCAUGCGAAGCUCCUGCCUGUUCUUGAUGACCAGUGCUCUUGCUCUGUGUGCGGUGGUCGAAAGGGGCCGAAGCAGUGCGUGCAGUUUGAGUGCCGUGGAGGCCUCGAGCGUUCAACCUGCGAGCCUUCAGAAGGCGAAUCCGAGAGACAGGCCUACUGUGGCAGUUACCCUUUCUUUGGUGGCUAUUCUGCCAUCGAGCAGGUCCAUGGGGAUGUUGGCCCGGCGUUGUGGCAGGAAAAGCUCGACAGCACCGAAGGGUUUGAGGUCGUGAUGGCUGCCUCCAUGUUUUUCGAGGCUACCGGGGACGACUGCGGAUGGCAUGCGGAAGCUCACAUUUUUGCUGAUCGGUUGCAGGAUACUCGCUGUACCCGAGUGCAAGUUCGACCGGAUGGGAAGUCGAUCCUCACGCCGACGCAGGUGAAAAUGGGUGGGCAGUUGUCAGCUCCCGUCUCCUCGGCAGUUGUUUUAGCAGAAUCGCACAACCACGGCCUAUACAUCUUGUUGCAGCGGUGGGGGAACAGCAGUUGCGUCAUAUCACGUGCGACUGGCAAAGACGCCAACAAAUGGACUGAAGUUGCUGAAUUGUCAUGCCCGGAUGUCUGCAAAGAUUUCAAGCAGCAGAUUGCGGAGAUCCGUGAUCCUACGAAACCAGGCUUAGCUUUCCUCGUGGGGCUGUCCAAAAAGAGUUUGUGGAUCAUGGAGGUUCCAUGCGGUGAUCUGGAAUAUGGGGAUCUCACAACGGCACAGCAAUUGGCCAGCAAAGUUCACUGGAGAAAACUGAUGGAUCUCCCUGGCUUGGAUGCCGACAAGGCAGAGUUAGCGGACGGCGAGAGUGACUGGGACGACGAUGAAUCGCGACCACCUCGCUUCAUCUGCAGGGGGCCGCAGGAAGAUGAGGUCAUCAUCUUCUCCGAGACUGGCUCGUGUCUGCAGCCAUGGCUGCUGGUCAAGAUAGGAGGCGCGACAGUGGGCACAGAGAUUCGCACAGCUUUGUUGACGUCGAUUGCAUCGGUGCCUUUGCAAGGGAAGCAGGCUGGAGCCAAGCACCAUUGUUCGGCCUUCGACACAGACCAGAUUACGUUGCUGCCAACGGUUGUCCGCAUGGAGCAGUGGCACGCCGGAUACCUGUUCUUCGACGGCCUUGGCCAGAUCUACCGUUUGCGAGACGAAGAGAUUAUGCUCGCAGAGCAUGCAUGGAUCGCCCCCAGUUUCGUCUCAAGUGCUUCGCAGCGGUUGGUGACGUUUACCUUUCACGAGGGUGAUGCAAAGCGUUCUUGCCUUUUCUCCGUGUUGGAGCGCUUCGAGUACUUCCAGAAGGCUUUUGGGCAAUGGCAAGAGGGCCAUUCUUCGGAGAUGUGCGUCGUUGACGUGGAGCCUGAGACCUUCGAUGUAUUCUUGCAAUACUUGCACUCGGGACGACUCGGGACGCUUCCGCUGCAAACCUGGGUUUCCUUGCUUCAGCUGGGCAACAUGUAUAUGAUGCACCAUUUGGUGGCUGUCAGCAUGGCGCGGAUCCUUGGCACUCUUGAUGAUGAAGAGCUUCUGGGCCAGGAGAAGCCAACUGUGCUUGCGGACCUGCUGGCUUUUGCCAGCAAGUGCGGGGACGUUUUCAAACGCAAGGUCAUGGACGCUAUCGCUUGCAACCGCUCCAGUCUUGUGGUGGACAGAGACUUCCUGGCACGGGUGUCGAGCAGUUCGGUCGAUGCGCUCUCUCAUUUGCUGGACUCGCUGUUGAAGCCAGACAGAUGCUUCGACUGCCCGGAGGCCAAGAGACGAAAGGCCCACCAGACUCGUCAAACGGCUCUUUGGAGACAUGCCAGCGAUGCGCCAUCAUGGAGCGGGCUUUGA